AUGAAAGAUAGAGAUAAAUUCAUACACACAAAGAAUUCAUUUCAAAAGAUAUUGAAUAAUCAGGUUAUUAGAAAGAUAAUAUUUAAUCAUGUUAGUUCUAUUCACAAACAAUUAGAGAUUCAACCUAUUAAAUUCUCAACACUCUUUACAUUGGUUGAUUACAUUCGAUAUGGUUUGAAUGAUUUAUUCUUUAAACAUAUAGAUCAACUUUGGACGAUGAUGUUUACUGAUGGUAUUUAUAGAAAUGAUCAUAGUCAUAGAUUAACAAGAAUAUUAUCAGCAGCUAUUAGUUUUAAUAAUUAUAGAGUAUUGGAAUACCUAUUGAAUAGAAUCAAGAGAGAGAUAUCACCUUUUCAAAUGACCAUCAGUAUCGAUUUUAUCGAUACAUGUCAUGGAAAGGACAAUAUCUAUUGUCUAAAUCCAAAGGUUUUCAAUCUAUUGGUAGAUGAUAGUAUAUUCAUUGAAUCAAAUAGAUUAUUGAAUAGAAUGGUAAAGACUGCUAUCUUAGUUUUUGGAGAUGUGGAUAUCAUUAGAGAGUUGUUUGGUCUAUACAAUCUCUCAAAUCUCAUUGAUUUAUUUAGACAGUACGAACCAAUAGAUUGUGGUUUACCAACAAUGAUUAAAGAUUUAUUCAACAAAAAGACGGAUACAGAGUUGAUCCAACUGUACAAUGUCGUCACAAAACUCAACAAAAUGGUUGAUAAAGACACUCAAGGAAAUAUAAAAGUGUAUUCAUUGGUAUAUGACCGUCUCAAUUUCAUCAAACAUGUCUCUCAAGGAAAUGCCAUCAUAAAACCAGAAUGGAAACCAAACAUCCUCUCCCCACAUCUCUUCUCACCAUAUGCAAGUAAGAGGAUACAAGAAAAUGAGAGAAAGAAAGAAAUCAAAGAAAUUUACCACACUGAAGAUUUUAUUUAUUAUUAUGAUGACCAAGGAUUGAUGGACAAGAUCAAAGAUGGAACAGACAUUGAAUAUAUUCGGCACAUAUUCUCACCACAGACAACCAUCAAUAAUUCCGAUGAUAUAUUUAUGAUGAUGCAGACUCCGGAUUACUUUGCAGGGUCUCUUGCCUCUGGAUCUGAUCAAUCUGUCACAUUUUUAUUAGAGUAUGUUCGUCAGCAAAGCGACCCAGGCUUUAAAUUUCGAAUUGGAACCUCUCGUCUCAUGUUCUCGAUCCAUCCGGUCUUUUGUUCUCGCCAUUACAUCGAUCUCUUGGGAAGAUAUGUUCGUCCAACGGAUUACAGCUGUUCCAAUAUCAUCCGAUCGACACUCCAACAUGCUCAAAAGGGUCAAGAGUAUGACCAACUAGAUUAUUUACUCAAAUCAGCGCUUUGUCGGUCAAUCAAUAUCGAUUUUUCAGACUCAAUUGCAUCAAUCAUUGAUAUGACUAACGGCAAUGUAUAUCAUGAUUUGAUAGAGAGACUAGUUGCAUAUGUAAAGGUAAAACCCAACCAUUGUAUAUUUCCAUUUGAAUCGGUCCACAAGUACACCAGAGAUGAUUACCAAGGACGGGAUCAAUUCAUAUCUGUCGUCGGAAGGAUAUUAAAUGAAUGGGAUAACACUUCCAAACCCAGCUUCCGCAUCCGAAUUAGAAACGAAUGGACACUCCAUCCAGCGCUUAUUGAAAGGUUAACCUAUCUUUUUUGUAAAAGCCACCCCCCUUUUGGAGAAUAUGAAGAAAUUUACUACCUUUUCCUCAAAAGUGCAGCCAUUACCGCCAACAUGGAUCUCUUCAAACGUAUUUUCUUUGCCAUCUCUGCCAUUAGCACUAUUCCAACAUUUGAUCUUGUCAGAAUCCUUUUAUUGGUGGUCAAUGCCAGUCACUAUCAAUUUGCAAUGAAAUAUGUCAAUGAAUUUAUUGAUGUGACCUUAAUAGCUCAAAUGUUGUCUCCAUAUUUAAAAAGCUCGAUUGAAAUUCUAUUUAACUUGUAUUUUUAUUUGGCCAAGAAGGAUAUAGAAUCAAAACAAGAAGAUAUUGAUAUUGACCAAUUCCAAGACUAUCAACAACUUGCCAAUCAAAUUUUAGAUCUAGUACCAACUAGAAACAAAUUUGAAAUCAUCUAUUAUGCAACAGAAUUGACUGAUGAUCAAUUCAAUAUUCUUUGGGUUAGGUUCUCUGAUGAUUUAAAUAUUCGUGAUUGGUUGGUCCACCCAUCCAACCAUCACACUGAUUUUAAAUAUGAUCAAAAAUUCUUUAAUCAUCUUGAAAGAUUGUAUAGACUCUAUCAACAAGAUCAACUUGACAAAUAUCAAUACAUCAAAUAUCCAAUGAAUCCACCUCCUCUCACAAGAAGAUAUAUUGGUAUUUGGAAUCAAUGUUUACAAAAUUAUUAUUUCAACAAAAAUAAUAAUAAUAAUAAUAGAAUAGUAAAGAAUUAUACUCAAAAAAAAUAUGAUAAAUUUAUGAGUCUGGCAAUUGAAAUUGGUUUCACUCCUUCUGGUGUUGAUGAAAAUAAAAAAUAA